AGAAUUCACUCAUGGCAAGGAACAUGAUCCCCAUGCUCGCUAUCUCCUUGGUUCUUUCCACCAUGUUUGUGAUCUCAACAAAUGUGCAAGCAAUUGGAGCUUGUUAUGGGAUGCAAGGGAACAACCUCCCUCCUCCAAAUGAAGUCGUCAACCUCUACAAAUCCAAAGGGAUUACUAGCAUGAGACUCUAUGCACCAAACCAAGCAGCCCUCCAAGCGCUCAGGGGCUCCAACAUCAACCUCAUCCUUGAUGUCCCAAGAACUGAUCUCCGAAACCUAGCCUCAGACCCUAGUGCAGCAAACUCCUGGGUCCAGAACAACGUCCAGGCCUACUGGCCGGCCGUCCAGUUCCGGUACAUCGCUGUCGGCAACGAGGUUAUCCCCGGCAAUCUCGCCCAGUACGUCCUCCCGGCGAUGAAAAACAUACACAGCUCACUAUCAUCUGCUGGAUUACAGAACUCAAUCAAAGUGUCGACUGCAGUGUCUCUGGGCGUCAUCGGCCAAUCAUACCCUCCUUCUGCCGGCACAUUCUCCGGCAAUGCCCUGACAUAUAUGACACCGAUCGUGCAGUUUCUGGUCAAUAAUGCGUCGCCACUUCUGGCAAAUGUGUACCCAUACUUCAGCUACACGGGCAAUAUGGGUAGCAUACGUCUUGACUACGCACUGUUUACUGCACCAGGGACUGUGGUUCAAGAUGGCAACUUAAGUUAUCAGAACUUGUUUGAUGCGCUGAUGGACGCAACGUACUCGGCCCUAGAGAGGGUCGGAGGGUCAAGCGUGGUGAUUGUCACAUCUGAGAGCGGGUGGCCAUCUGCAGCUGGGACUGCAGCGACGAUCGACAACGCAAGAACUUACAAUCAGAAUCUGAUCAGGCAUGUCGCGCAAGGGACGCCAAAGAGACCUGGAAAAAGUAUUGAGGCCUACAUUUUUUCCAUGUUCAAUGAGAACCAGAAGGAACCACAAGGGAUUGAGAAUCACUGGGGACUAUUUUACCCAAACAAACAGCCAGUUUAUCCAAUCAACUUCCAGUAGAAACAAAGGACUGAUAUAGAAUGUAAUCUUAAAUAAAUUGUCAUGUUGAUCAUGAAAUAAAAUGAAAUCACAGGAUUUCUUAUUCUAUAAUCAAUUGUCACGACAAUCCAGCAUAACGUUCAAAAAGAUUAUGGUUGCACAGAAAACCAAGCCUGUUCAUGG